AUGGACCAACAGCAACCAGCCGUCCCGACUACUACAGAGGCACCUGCUGCCGACUCACCUACUGUUCCGGAGGCCACCCCAGCAGAGGCUGGGCCCACCGAUGAAGCUACUCCGGCAGAGGUGUCGACGGAGGCGUCCCCCGCUGAGCCCAGCACAGAGGCAUCACUCUCGGAAGCUGGCGUACCGGCUGUUACCCCUGCCGAAGCACAGGAAGUCGUAACGACCGUCGAAGCUCCGACGCCUGAGAAGCCUAUCGAGCCUGCUGUACAGGAACAACCCCAGGCUGUUCCCGUCCCUUUGCCUUCCGCCACUACUCCUCAACAGGAGCUCCCAGUUGCCUCUAUGGGCGUCGCAGCCGCUACUGCUGCUGCUGGAUCAUCGGCUGCAGCUAUACAACCAGAGCAGAAUACCUCAGCACCUGGUCAAACGCCUCCGAUGGGGCACAACCCCGGGGCUUCUGCUCCUGCUGCUCGUUAUGAUGGGCCGCCUGGUAGGAGGGGAGACGACACUAAGAAGGUUUUUGUCGGCGGUCUCCCACGUGAAGCCGAUAAGCCUGCUUUGGAUGCGUACUUCAGCCAGUUCGGUCCAGUAGAAGAUUCAGUGGUGAUGAUGGAUCGGUUCACGGGACGAAGCCGAGGGUUCGGCUUUGUCACGUUCGAGACUAAGGAACAGAUGCUUGGGUGUGUGGCAGCGGCGCCUCAUGUCAUCAUGGGCAAGUCUGUCGAGGUUCGACGGUCCAUCAAUGAUGAUGGCACUUCUACGGCCCAUGAGAGACGGUCAGCAGGGAAGGGAGCUGGAGCACCUAGGAACUACGAUGACUAUGGCUCAGGGAAGGGGGGCCACCGAGACCAGAAUCCUAACAAACUCUUCGUUGGCGGUCUUCCUCGUGAGAUCACCAGUGAGGCUCUCAGAGACUUCUUUAUACAGUAUGGCAAUUUGGUGGACUGUACAGUGAUUACUGACAGAAUGACAGGCCAGUCCAGAGGGUUCGGGUAUGUUACAUAUGAGGACUCCUCCGCGGCUGAAGCAGCUAUCAGUAAUUCGGCUAAUAACAUCAUUGAUGGAAAAUGGGUUGAUGUAAAGCACACUACAAGGGAAGGCCCCCGACGAUCGUUUGGUGGGUAUAAUGAUUAUGGCAAUGUUGGUGGUUAUGGCGACCAAGGACGGUUCAGUAGAGGCUCUGACGAUUACCAAGCGACCAUGCAAGCUAGCAAGGCGGCAUCCAACGCUUACUAUCAGCAGCAGCGGCCGAUGGGCAUGUACCAGACUCCGCAGUAUGGCAUGCCUCCUCCACCACCACAACAAGGGUAUGGUAUGCAGCAAGGAGGGUAUGGUGGUAUGGGGUAUCAACAUCAAGACCAGCGACGGCCCCCAAUGGGAGGAUAUAACAACUCGCAACCUCGCUAUGGGGGUCCGUAUGGCGGUCCAUCGCGAGCAAGCCCCUACUAGAGACCAUCAUCAGCAGCAGCAGCAGCUGACGUAAAAUAGUAAUGAAGAAUCUGCCUUCACUGUGACGCUGGUACUGGUGUCGAGUAGCUGCUGCUGCUGUUGUUUGCGAGUAUGGGAUCAUUAAGUUGCCGAAACUGUUACUGUCGGGACUGAUGAUGAGCCCUGUCUAUCGUUACACUCCUUCCUGCUCGUUAUCUCUCUGGGACCGACAUA